AAGGUCCGGUGCUGCAGUGAAGGCUGUCCGCUGCUCGGUCACCGUCACGUAUAAAUACCGUGACACCGGACCGGUGAGUUCCACACUAAUAUCACGGAGUUCACGUUUUACCUCCCGGAAGUCACCGUAACACACAGGAUGCCAGGAUCCGCCUCGAUCAGCUGUUUGGGACCGUGGCCCAAAGAUGUAGGCAUCAUGGCCUUGGAGCUGUACUUCCCGUCUCAGUACGUGGACCAGGCGGAGCUUGAGCAGUUUGAUGGCGUGGCGGCGGGUAAAUACACGGUGGGACUGGGUCAGGCUCGAAUGGGUUUCUGCUCAGACUGCGAGGACAUCAACUCGCUGUGCCUGACGGUGGUGCAGAGGCUGAUGGAGAAGAACAACCUGUCCUACGACAGCGUGGGCCGGCUCGAGGUCGGCACAGAAACCAUCAUUGACAAAUCCAAGUCGGUGAAGACGGUCAUCAUGCAGCUGUUCGAGGACUCGGGGAACACGGACGUGGAGGGAAUCGACACCACCAACGCCUGCUACGGAGGCACCGCCGCACUCUUCAACGCCGUCAACUGGGUGGAGUCCAGCUCCUGGGACGGUCGCUAUGCGUUGGUGGUGGCGGGAGACAUCGCCGUAUACGCCACAGGAAGUGCUCGGCCUACUGGGGGCGCAGGAGCGGUGGCCAUGCUGGUCGGUCCGAACGCUCCGCUGGCCUUUGAGCGAGGUCUGAGAGGAACCCACAUGCAGCACGCGUACGACUUCUACAAACCGGACCUGGUCUCUGAGUACCCCGUGGUGGACGGGAAGCUCUCCAUAGAGUGCUACCUGAGCGCUCUGGACCGCUGCUACUCCGUGUACUGCAGUAAGAUCCAGGCUCAGUGGCAGAGAGUAAGGGACGGCGUGGAGAAGCUGUUCAGCCUGGAGGACUUCGGCUUCCUGCUCUUUCACUCUCCGUACUGUAAGCUCGUUCAGAAGUCUUUAGCUCGCCUCAUGCUCAACGACUUCCUGAGUCACCCGAGUCCCAACAUGCAGAGCGGCGCCUUCACAGGACUCGAGGCCUUCAGUCAGACCCGAUGGACCAGACGGGGCGCUCUCUUGCAGCACUGCAACCCCAACCGGACCAGAACCAGGACCAUCCAACCGGCUGUCAAACUGUCCCCUGAACUCACCUCGACCCGGUCCAGGUCCCAGAAGAGACCGCCCCCAAACACCACCGCCAAGAGGAGACGGGCUCAACGAGGCCGCCGCCGCAGAAGCCACGUGUCACCUGACCCCGACCUCCAGGAAGAGGAAGAGGAGGAGGAGGAGGGGGUGGGGGAGGAAGAGGAGGGGGACACAGGUGAUCCCACCUGGUCUCCACCUGAGAGAGACCUCAUCGCUCCCCAGUCUCCCGCCGUCCAGCUGGACUCAGACUCCCAGCAUGCACCUCUCCUGGGGGUGAAGCUGGAGCCCGACAGCACGGUGUGCGAUGUUUGUGGGAAAGUGAUGAAGAACAAGUCGAGCCUGGCGCGUCACGCCUUCAUCCACACGGGGAACAAACCGUUCGCCUGCCACUUGUGCGAGAUGCGAUUCAACCGCCGCGACAACCUGCAGCACCACCUGAGCAGGCUCCACCCCAACGGCGUCGCCAAGCUGGAGAAGCAGCGUAACGUGCAGGCGUGGCUCUGUGCCGUCUGCGGCAAAACCUUCAACUGCAGGUCGAGACUGAAAACACACGAGGUCAUCCACUCGGGGGUCAAACCGCACCGCUGCGACCUCUGCCCCAAAACCUACAUGAGGACCAACGACCUCGAGCACCACAAGAAGGUCGUCCAUGUGGACGGCGGCACCGAGGCUCAGCGGCCGCGCUCGCUGCUCUGUGACCUCUGUGGGAAAGAGUUCAAAUGUAGGUCACAGCUGGCGCUCCACUUCCUGUCUCACACCGGAGAGAGGCCACACCUCUGUGACAUCUGCGGGCGCAAGUUCAGCCGUCAGUACCAGCUCAAACGCCACGACAUCCUGGUGCACGCCAACAGAGUGGACGGCGAGGAGAACGUGGCGCCCGACGCGCCGUUUGCAUGUGACGUCUGCGGGAAGCGUUUGAAAUCAGAGGCGCUGCUUUCCGCUCACACUCGCAUCCACUCCGGAGACAAACCGCACCGCUGCGGCGUCUGUCUGCGCAGCUUCCAGCGCGCCACCUGCCUGAAGCAGCACCACGUACGGGUUCACCUGAGGGCCAAGCAGGGGCAGCGCGUGGCGGGCCGCAGGAAGAGCUCGACCACGCUGAAGGAGUUCCCGUGUCCCGUCUGCGCCAAAGUCUUCAAGUUCAGAUCUCUGCUGGCGAGUCACUCGCUCGUCCACAGCGAGGAGCGACCGUACGCCUGCGACUUCUGCAGCCGCAGCUUCAGACGCCACAGCCACCUGAAGAGGCACCGCCACGUCGUGCACGCCAACGGAGCGCGCCCGCCACAGAGCUUUGUGUGCCACAUCUGCGGGAAGGACAAGAAGUGCCGCUCGCAGCUCGCCAGACACGUCAUCAUCCACACGGGCGAGCGGCCGUACACCUGCGACCUCUGCCCUGCUCGCUUCAACCGCAGCGGGAACCUGCAGCAGCACAGGAAACGCAUGCAUGGCGUGGGGGCGGAGCCUGCAGAGGAAGCCCCGCCCAUCCUGUUUGAUGAUGACAUGACACCUGCACUGACCUACAAACAGGAAGAGACGGUGGUUGCCGUGGACGCUGAAGUCUGUGACGAGACGAGUCUGCAGCUCGUCAACAUCUGAACAAAAACAAACAAAUAAACAAAUACACUUCCUGUUUGAACUCUGAACUGAUCUGAUGUUCUCAAAGGUUCUGUAGAGAGAGAGAGAGAGAGAGAGAGAGAGAGAGAGAGAGAGAGAGAACCUCCUCUCGGAGUCAGUGUGUAUUUGUGUGUAUUGUGUUCUUGUGCGUCUGUAAUAAAUAUGAUCGAUGAUGUCA